AUGGCUUCUCUUCCUUUCAACACUAUCCCAAUUAAACUUCCAUAUUCAGUGUCAACGAAACCCUCUAAACUUCACGAUGAUCAAGCUCGUAAUCCUUUGUCCACAUCUUACUUUCACCGCGUCUCGUCUCUGUGUAAGAGCGGUGACAUCAGAGAAGCUCUGAGCUUAGUAACGGAGAUGGAUUUCAGAAACCUACGGAUUGGUCCCGAGAUAUACGGUGAAAUCCUCCAGGGAUGCGUUUACGAGAGAGAUUUCUGCACGGGGCAGCAAAUCCAUGCCCGGAUUCUGAAGAACGGUGAUUUCUACGCCAGGAACGAGUACAUCGAGACCAAAUUGGUGAUAUUCUACGCGAAAUGCGAUGCUCUGGAGAUCGCUGAAGCUCUUUUCUCGAAAUUGAGGGUUAGGAAUGUUUUCUCCUGGGCAGCGAUUAUUGGUGUGAAAUGCAGGAUUGGGCUCGGUGAAGGAGCUUUGAUGGGUUUCGUUGAGAUGCUUGAAAAUGAGAUCUUUCCAGACAAUUUCGUGGUUCCGAAUGUUUGCAAAGCGUGUGGCGCGUUGCAGUGGAGUCGCUUCGGGAGAGGUGUUCAUGGGUAUGUGGCGAAAUCUGGGUUUCAUGAUUGUGUGUUUGUGGCUAGUAGUUUAGCUGAUAUGUAUGGCAAAUGCGGUCUUUUGGAUGAUGCGAGGAAGGUGUUCGACGAAAUUCCUGAGAGAAAUGUGGUUGCUUGGAAUGCGUUGAUGGUGGGUUAUGUUCAAAACGGUAUGAACGAGGAAGCGAUUCGGCUUCUAUCUGAUAUGAUGAAGGAAGGUGUUGAGCCAACGCGAGUCACUGUCUCGACUUGCUUAUCUGCUUCUGCCAAUUUGGGUGGGAUUGAAGAAGGGAAACAGUCUCAUGCCAUUGCCAUUGUGAAUGGAUUAGAGCUGGAUAACAUCCUCGGAACAUCGAUCUUGAAUUUCUACUGCAAAGUUGGUUUGAUCGAGUGUGCAGAGAUGGUUUUUGAUCGAAUGGUUGAGAAAGAUGUGGUGACAUGGAAUCUGCUUGUUUCAGGGUAUGUUCAACAAGGGCUAGUGGAAGAGGCGAUUCAUACGUGUCGUUUAAUGAGACUAGAGAAGCUGAAUUUCGACUGCGUCACUAUGUCGACGUUGAUGUCUGCAGCUGCACGUACUGAGAACUUGAAACUUGGGAGAGAAGUGCAGUGUUAUUGCAUUAGACAUAGUUUUGAGUCUGAUAUCGUUUUAGCUAGCACCGUGGUUGAUAUGUACGCCAAGUGUGGCAGCAUUGUUGAUGCUAAGAAAGUGUUUGAUUCCACAGUGCAAAAGGAUUUGAUACUGUGGAAUACGUUACUUGCAGCCUAUGCGGAGUCUGGUCUUAGCGGAGAGGCUUUGAGAUUGUUCUAUGAGAUGCAGCUAGAAAGUGUACCACCAAAUGUGAUAACAUGGAACUUGAUCGUUCUAAGUCUUUUCAGGAAUGGGCAAGUAGAUGAGGCCAAGGAAAUGUUCUUGCAGAUGCAGUCCUCAGGAAUUGUUCCAAACCUAAUCUCGUGGACUACUAUGAUGAAUGGUUUGGUACAAAAUGGCUGCAGCGAGGAGGCGAUUCUUUUUCUCGGAAAGAUGCAAGAAUCCGGGCUGAGACCAAAUGUCUUUAGCAUCACUGCCGCACUCUCUGCUUGCGCAAAUCUAGCAUCGUUGCAUUUCGGAAGAUCAAUACACGGAUACAUCAUAAGAAACCAGCAGCGUUCCUCUUCGGUUUCGGUUGAGACUUCUUUGGUUGACAUGUAUGCUAAAUGUGGAGAUAUAAACAGAGCAGAGAAGGUUUUUGGAAGUAGGCUAUACAGCGAGUUGCCUCUCUACAAUGCCAUGAUCUCGGCGUAUGCAAUAUAUGGUAAAGUGAAAGAAGCAGUCGCUUUAUACAGAAGCUUGGAAGAUAUAGGCAUUGAACCAGACAACAUAACAUUCACAAGCCUCUUAUCUGCUUGCAACCACGCCGGAGAUGUUAACCAAGCUAUAGAGGUUUUCGCCGGUAUGGUUUCAAAACGUGGCAUGAAACCAUGCUUGGAACAUUAUGGACUAAUGGUGGAUCUUCUUGCGUCAGCUGGAGAAACAGACGAAGCCUUGAGGUUAAUCGAGGAAAUGCCAUACAAGCCUGAUGCAAGAAUGAUCCAGUCUCUGUUUGCUUCUUGCAACAAGCAACAUAAGACUGACCUUAUGGACUACUUAUCAAGACAUUUGUUAGAAUCAGAACCUGAUAACUCUGGUAGCUAUGUGACCAUAUCGAAUGCUUAUGCGGUUGAAGGAAAUUGGGAUGAAGUUGUGAAGAUGAGAGAGAUGAUGAAAGAUAAAGGUCUGAAGAAAGAGCCUGGAUGUAGCUGGAUUCAGAUUAAAGGAGAAGAAGAAAGAGUACACGUGUUUGUUGCUAAUGAUAACACACAUCUUAGGAACAGUGACAUACGGAGGAUCUUAGCAUUGUUAUUGUAUGAUAUGUAUUCGGAUUCUUCAUGA